AAAGAAACUCGACUCUCAAGCGUGUGUACUUGAGUGCAAGUCACAGUAACAGUAUUCCUAAGUACAGCGUUUUGAGAUACUGUUAUGUGUUUAUUAAUUAUCAACGAUCUCGAGACGCUGAUAUCGUAAUCAGGGCGUAUCAAAAGAUUACGCACUUAAGUUCGUCGUUGAGUAACGUUUAUUAAUACGGGCCUAAGAUAUUAAGAUUAAAAAUCGCGCUCACGAUAGACCAAGGAGGCAAUCAUAUCAGUUAUAAAUAGGCUGAGGUAACAUAGAAUAGAAUAGAAUAGAAUAUUUUUUAUUCAAUAUACAUUACAUGUGUAAUUCUUAUUGAAAGUCGUUUUUUACUUUACCACUGGUUCGAAAAAACCCUCUGUCCUGGGAAGAACCAGCAAGAAACCCAGCGGGACCUUUUUUUUAAAUAAAUUUUACAAUAUAAAUGAUUACGAACUAUUUACAAAAUUUAUUUUAGAAACUGCUUGGAAGCGAUCACCUCAUUCCUAGGGGUUAUUAUCAACCAUGUAUUCAUUUAUACUAUAAUAACCCUUUUUAUAGAGUUUCAGCUUAAUAAAACAUUUAAACUUGGUAAUAGAGAGAACCGGAACACUUUCCGGGACCUUGUUGUAAUAGCGUAUACAUUGCCCCAAGAAUGAAUUACUGACUCUGUGGAGUCGAGAAACUGGUAUCACUAGCUUGUGUUUGUUCCUAGUGUUUACAGAAUGUAUAUCACUUCUUUUACUAAAACUAUCUUUGUUUUUGUGAACAUACAUUAAAUUUUCAUAAAUAUACUGAGAGGCCAAAGUUAAUAUAUUAAUUUCUUUAAAUUUAUCUCUAAAUCAUAGGUUUAUGUAUAUAUAUUUAUCUCUAUUGUGAGAAAGUUGGGAGAAACCAUGUAAUGUUGCGCCAUCCCCAGGAUAUCGUAAAGAGAAAUCUUUUCGGCUCAUAUGUCAAAUACUAAUACCCGCGAGCAGAACGUCAAAGGUGCGAGACGACAUACUCUGCGUUCAUCAAUCCACGUGCUAAGUAUGAGGGAGUUUUGGUGGGAACUUGACCGGCGGCGGUUUGCUGCUCCUGUAUUAAUUUUUAAAUAAUGGUUUGAAGUGGAUUUUGAUAUGUAAAAGUGGUACAAUUUUGUGUAUUAAGUGUCUGCGCAUGUGAACUAUUAGUGGAAACGGUAAAACAAGUGCGUUGAUGGUGAUGUGAUUCUCAAGAUAAUGUGUCUGUCUGCUUAGGCGCCUUGAGAUACCAUCACAACUGUUAGCUGUCUGCUGGCUUAAGUUACCGUCAAAACAUCGCAAGGGCUGUUUAAUGUGACGCAUCAAUAUAUUGCAGCAGCAGCGUGUACUAUGAAAAAUAAUAAUUAUACAUUGUAACUUCAGGCUCAGAAGGGCUAGAACCCAGAGCCGUAAAGCCAGUUAUUACAAAAAAGUAAGUAAAGCUAAGUAUGACGAUUACGGCCAAUACUUCCAACAUUGGGAGAGGUCCGUGCCCAGCCGUGAACUACAUUACGUAGUAAUUUAUAACCAUUACCUAUCAUCACAUAUUAUCAAAGUUCACUGCUGAACAUAGGUUUCCCCUAUAGAUUGCCUGAUAGGGGGUUACCUAUAUACAUAGUUUUUCUAUUACCGAGUGGGCGACCAUUUCCUCUAAGGAGGUGUUGGAUUAUUUGUUCACAAGUCCUUAAAAAGAUGUGUCAGAUUUGACAAGAUGUGGAAUGUGCCAAAGCGGUGCGACGCAAAUUUAAACGAACAGACUAUAUUUGCCGUAGUUAUUUCGCUUGGCAAUCGGGUUGGCAGCCUUAAUUUUUUAUUAUUUUGUAAUGUUACACCACCACUUCACUGUAUCGUAUCGUAACACAAACGUUUUAUUGAAUGUUUUGGAUGUUUGUCAUCGUGCAAUUUAUGUUUGUAAACUGCCUCCACGAUACAGGAGAAAAUUCUAGUGUGGGCGUAACGCUUUUAAAAAAAAUAAAAAAAAUGUAUUUAUUUAUGUUUGCAGUGAUUUCUACAGCCAAAGAGCCCCUCAAAUGUUGGUUGGACAACAUGUAUGGACCGACCGGCGUAGCAGUGGGGAGUGCGACCGGGAUGCUGCGUAUAUUACAGUGUGACGAAAACGUCACGGCCGACCUUGUUCCCGUCGAUUUUGUAGUGAAUUGUUUGAUGGCGUCCGCUCUUAGCGUACACAAGGCUUAUUCGAGCAGGAAUGCGAUGGUAACAUAACAACGCCAAGCGACAGUAACGCUGACAACGCAGCGGAUGUGGUGCCUGCGCAUGUACGGUUCGCGUUACCGCCGCCCACACCGGUGACAUCGUCGUCGCCCGGCCCUAGCAACCCGAUAAGCGUGAAAACAACGCGAAGUGGUCGCAUUGUUAAAUUACCUUCACGAUUUAAUAUAAGUUAGUGUUAACAUAAAAUGUAUUAUAUAUGCAAUAUAAUUACAUGUUUAAAUAAUAUUCAACUUAGCUAGUAUGGAUGUGAAAGUAUUAUUUGCAUUGUUAGGUGCAGAAUAUUUUCAUUCAGACUAUUCAAGUUACAUUACAAAUACAAAUUGAAUGUAAUUUUAGAUGUAUUGUGUUUUGUAUUUUGCGUUAUUUUGCGUGUACUGCAGUUUCAUUUAUGUUUAGGUAGUUAGUUUAGUUAUAAUGUAUUUCGUUUCAUUUGAAAUAUUUCCUUUGCAGAAGCAUUAGUGCUAAAAGUUUUACAAUUUUUACUAUGGGCAAUUAUCAAGAAAAACCAGUUAUUGUUUCUCAGGCUCAGAAUACUAUAGAGAAUAAAGUGGAUAAUUUUCAAAUAUGGUUAUAUGUGAUAGCCAGUUUUAUGGGAGCAAUAAUAUUGUACACUAUUUGGAUGAAGUUUAAUAAGAAGUUCAAAAACUGGCUUCGCCAUCAAGUGUUCAUGGCCAGCGUUCCAAUGUCGGGCCAGAAUAUGGGUCAGAUGAUAAGCGCCUCUAGCGCCAGUCUGCAGCACGCGCCCGCGCCUGCCGCGGCAGCCGCUCCCUUCACAGGGAUCUCCGUACAGCCCUGCGCUUCAGCGCAUUAACAAGUGUUUAUUAUAUAGUUUUAAGUUUUUGUAUUCUUUUUGUAAAGGGGGAAGUAAUGUAGGUGUGCUGCGCACACACAUGCAUAAGUAGUAAUGUUGUAUCUAGCUACCAUAUAUAUGUAUACUUAAUAAUAUUGUACCUCACUACUUAGUACUAAGAUUUUCAGUCAGUCAGACAGUAGCUAGUUGCCCGUCAACUGUAUUACACGCUCUUCUACAAUAAAUAUGUCAUUAAGU